AUGGCGGAAAUAGGAAACAGAGGACAGGCGUUGUCCAUUGAGAAGCACGACCUGAAGGAUCAAGCCCGGAAAUAUUACUGGAAGGUGAACAACUCACCGGCAGACACGAAGAUGUUGUUGUAUACAAGACUCGCCCCCCCUAAACAGCCCAAGAGGCGAUCAAGAGGCGGCUGUACGUUUUGCAAGGAAAAGAAGAAGAAAUGCGACGAGAAGCGGCCAAAAUGCGGCCGCUGCGACGAGCAGGGCUCAGAGUGCGCUUACGAAGCCGUGAAACCGCGCCAGCGAAGGCGCCGCGACUCGGCGGCGCCCGGAAGCCCUUCUGGCCUGCAUCUAAUGACCCGAAGGUUGUCGCAAGCCAGCCACUACAGUCACGAGUCAGAUUUCUAUGGCCACGACGAUGGGGUUCUUGGAAGCAUAUUAGCAUACUCCCUCGAUGACCCCGUCAUUGUGAGCCCAUCAGACAGCACUUUUGAGGGCUACGCUCUAUCAUCCCUCGCACCGAGCAAAUUCUUGGACGGCCACGGAGAGGAUGCCUCGGACGACGGCCAAGCCGCUACCAGCACUGCAGUGAUCCCACGGUCGAAGUCCUUACACCCAGACCUGGCCAUGAUUGCACCCUGCCCUGUCGCCUCUCCCCUCUUAGAGUUCUUCUCGCCAACCUUCUCGGAAUUCUCGGACAGGCAAAAUCGGCGGGCACUUGUGGACCACUUUUGCAACGUUCUAUCGCAUCUCAUCGUCUUCCGCGAGGAGACGGGCAACCCCUUCCAGCAGCUGGUGCUGCCACUUACCCGAGGAAACUCCCCGGUCACGUACGCCAUAUUCGCGCUUGCCUGCGCACAUUUGGAGUACCGGGGCGUAGAGAAUGCAGAGAAGUCGUUGUAUUUUCACAACAUGGCGAUCCGAGGCGUUGCGGAGUUAAUCCAUAAUAGCAGCAAGGUCAGCAGAAACGAGAUAUUGGCAGCGAUAAUGCUGCUAGUGUACUACGAAUGCCGCAGCCGACCCGGCAGAUUCAACGAGUAUCUUCUUAGAGCGACACUCUCCAAUGGCACGCCACCACUCUCAGCGACCCCGACGCCGGGAUGCCUUCAGCCGCUCCCUCCGCUCGGCGCGCCCUCUAUCUCACCGCUGUGCAACGUCGACACGCUUCUCGGCAUGGCCACGACGCUGUGGCCUAUCAUCCACCGCCUUGCUGGCCUACGCGCCCUCAAAAUUGAGCUCGAAAACGCCGUCCGGACGAACGGGAACCCCUCCAAAACUGCCGUCCUUCGCACCGAGUUCGAAUCGACCGCCCAAGCCAUCGAAACCGCCCUCCUCCAAUGGCAGCCCCAGCUCCCGCCGAACUUCACGCCCGACGCUAACCCGGACGCCGAUGCCGAUGCCGAUGCCGAUGCCGAGACUGACGCCGACACGGCCGCUGAGACAACAGUACCAACAAUAAUACCCAUAGAUCCCCAACUCACUUCCCUUCCCUCCCCCCAACCGGGGCCCGCCGACACCGAAACCGACGACACCGAGACCCACGCCUUCACCGACGCCGACAUGCCCAUCCCCAUCCCUACCCCCAGCAACACCAGCACGCCCACCCCCACCAACCCCAACACCGCCUCCCCCCUCGACCAAUCGCGCAUCUCCUCCAUUCACCACAACGCGCUCGCCUACCGCCACGCGGCCCUCGUCUACCUGUACCGCACGGUGCUCUCCCACCCGCGCACGCACCCCUCGGUGCAGACGCACACGCACCUCGCGCUCACGCACUGCGUGUCCACCGUCUGCCACCGCGGGCCCAUGUCGGCGCUGCUCUGGCCGCUGUUCGUGCCCGCGUGCGAGGCCGUCACCCCGCGCGACCGCGCCCUGGCCGAUCGCGCGUUUGUCGAGAUUGAUAAGCGUCAGGGGAUGCGGAAUAUUGAGCGGGCGAGGGGGAUUCUGGGGGAGGUUUGGCGGCGGGCGGAUGCGGAGGUGGAGAGUGGCGUGGGUGGCGGUGGUGUUGGAGAGGGAGGUGGUGAAAACGGAGUUGGGGCUGUUGGUGGUGGUGGUGGUGAUGGUGAGGAGGAUGGGGAGGAAUUGUGGAGGAGGGUGUGUAGGGAGAUGGGGGUUAGUAUUGUUUUUGGGUGA